CCGAUAGAAGCGAGCCAGCGAGCAGUGUUUUAUUCGACAUAAAUCUAUCCUUUUACGAUGAAUUCAGCCACAAAAGUGGGUGAAAUCUUCACGGCCGCGGGCGCGGCUUUCAACCGUUUGGGCGAACUGACGAUGCAGCUACAUCCUUCAUCCGAUUCUCCCACUGGGAGCAAAUGGACAGAUGAAGAAAUCGAAAUGCUCCGCUCGGCGGUAACCCGUUUCAGUGAAGAUCUGAACCAAGUCAGCCAACGGAUCAAGGGACGAACGGUGUCGCAAAUCCGACAGACGCUGAAGAAGAAAACCUUCGAAGACGCCGGAAUCCAGAUCAAGCCGCAGCAGCAAGCGCAACAGCUACCACCGCAGACUCAAACCAUUCUGGUGCAGCAGCAACAGCAAAGCGUGCUGCCCACGACUAGUGGGACCGACCAGCAGCCGACCCUGGUCGUGAAGCAGGAGGAACUUGAAGCCGUCAGCGAUGCCGCCGGCUAUUUGAAUAAACCUUCCGAUAUGAUGAUGACCCUGAACCGACUUAACGUGCAAGAAUCGGAGGCCGACGUCGAGGGGUUGGCUUCGGCCGAGGUCAAGCUCGAAUUCGAACCCGGUCCGGAGGAGGUGGCCGGGUGAGAUGAGGUGGCCUUUUACUUUGGUGUCUCCCCGCGGCGGGGUUGAUACGUACGUUCGAAAAGAGAUGAUUUAUGACUUAGAACGGAGUUUUGCUUUCUCACUUUUGUUCGUAUUUUUGGAGUUUCUCUUAGUUUAUUGCGUUCGAUUAGUUCAACGAAUUUUGAGUAAUGUUUAACGUUUUACACUAUGGAUUAGAUAUUUAGCAAUCGAGACAAAUGCAAGCCAAGUAAUGAAUAAAGAUUAAGAAAGAUAACUACCAUGUAACGAGUGCUCCUGUGAGCUAGUAACUAAUAAUAUUAUGACAUGAACUAGUAGAAUCUAGCGCUGCUACUAGGUACUACUGGCAAUAACUAGUAGAUAGUUUUUGCCAACGAUAAUCGUAUAGAAUUGUAUGUACAGUAAUAAACUGGUAAAUAUUGUAAACACGUCAUA